AUGAGACAGGAGCUCGUGGAUUGGAUGUCGCAGCAGCACGGGACGUUGGACCUCGUGGACGAGACCCUCCACCUCGCGCUGCGGUACUUGGACACGUUCUUAGUUCGACGAGGAACGGAACAAUUCCUCGCGAGAAACGGCGCGGGGUCGGAGCCCGUCCCCGCGCUCCCUCUCCCCGACUUGCCGGAGAAGCAAGUCAUGUACCUGAACGACGGCGAGCAUCAGCCGCUCUGCAACAAGCUCAAGCGCCUGGGGAUCACGUGCAUCUUCGUCGCGGCGAAAGUGACGGAGGUCUCCGCCCCGAGCGCGCUCGAGUUCGCCGGCGCCGCGGAGGUGUCCACGUUCACGCGAUCGCAGCUUUUGCUCGCGGAGCGCGCGCUCCUGAGGGAGCUGGAAUACAACUUGUACCUCCCGACGGCGUCGUCGUUUAGCAGCGCGUACUUGUCCGUGACGCUGCCGCAUCUGAAGAAGAACGGCGUCGUCUCCAACUACGAGGGCGACUGGGAUGAGGACCCGUGCGAGGAGAUCACCGAGAUCGUGGACUACCUCCUCGAAGCGAGCGCGGUGUCGCACAAGUCUUUGGAUUUCGCGCCGUCCGUCGCCGCCGCCGCGGCGAUCGGCUACGUCUUGAGCAGAGUCUACGGCGUGUCCUGGGAGCGACUGUCGCCUCUGCACGCGCUGUCGGGGUACGGCGAGAGCGACCUGCACGGCGUGUUUGGGUUCUUCGAUAAGCUCGUGAACGACGCGUACGACACCGAGGAGAAGGGUCGCGGGCUGCACGCGAACGAUAAGUAUCAAAACGCGACGAGCAUCCUGUGGAGAAAGUUUUUCUUCUCGUGA